AAUAUGCACGUAGCUCAUUCUAGGUACUUAAUGAGAUUUCAUCGUUGUAGGAGGUUGUGCCUCUUCUUCUCUUUCUUAACGAGUUAAUCGUCAACUUUAUUAAAAUUAAAACAAUAUGAAAAUGUUUAUAUUACAAGUGGUAGUUUUAUACGUUUUACUCAUCAAUGAAUUCGCCGGUUCUGAGAAUACGCCAAAUACGCAAAAUAGCGAUGAAGAAUUUGAAACUUAUAUCUCAAAAUUCGUACCAAAGCUCAGGCAGAACGCAACUCGCAUGUUUUAUAGACGCAAACUUAGCCAAAAAGAUGCAAUUAUUACCCAGAAAGAUGCAAUUAUUACCCAGAAAGAUGCAACUAUAAAAGAAAUGGACCGCGAUCGAUUCAGUAGCGCUGCAUGCAGUACGAGAGAACAAUUUAACGAGCUAUGGUCGAAACAUGUGGAUCAGCAUGCUAUUCUUCCAACAAAUGCGAAUGAGAUAGAAGCAUUAAGUGGAACUGUGAAAAAUCCUCCCGAAUUAGCGGAAAACCAAAUACGUUGUCCAAAUCCAGUCAAUGCAAAGUUUAUUAGCAAGAUGUACCCAACCUAUCUGCAUUACAUUAAUAAAAAUGACAGCAACUUUGCCAAGCAGGUUAGGCUAAAUUUACAGGAAGCUGGUUUGAGCCACGAACAAUUUGCGUGGAGUGCACCGAAGAUAUACAAACAUUGUCAAGUGUAUUCUCACGAAUCUAAAUCUAAUGCAAUCGUUACAUUUGACGAGUUUGAUGCGAUUCAAAAAUUAGCGACCGGAGAAAUUGACAAGAUCGGUGAUGCUAAAAUACGUAGUGACAAUCACAUGAAAAUAUUAGGACUCAUGGGGAAUACCUCGAUACGACCAGAAUUCAUGGAUUUUUUGGAAGAGCUCAAUGAUUGGUACUUAACCAAAGAAGACUGCGAUGUUAUUAGGAUCGUGAUGAAAAUUUUGUAUCUCCGAGCACCAAUCGAAUGCGUAGUAAUGAAGAAAUACCCUGAUAGAGCGGUGCCAUUCGUUAAAAUAGGACAUUCAACUAUAUAUGAAGACGGAUGCGUUCCCUCCAUUGGUGGCGGCUGUGAGCCAGAAACGACAUCCGGCACUUUCCUAGAGGAAAGCUGUGACUCUUCACACUAACGAAUCCGAGGAGUCCCCCAAAUUGUGGAUCUUAGCGGUUUUUGCAAUGUGAAUUUCGUUUGAAAUUACAUAUCGAGAUGCAUUCGGUCGAGAUCUCGAUUUGUUGUAAUCAAGGUAGGUAUAGGUAGGUAGGUAAUUUUAAUAAUAAAUUGGUCAAAUUUCGA